CCCCUCCCUCCGUCUGUCCUCAACUCUCCUGCGUGCACCGAAGGCGUGCACGUGGGUGUCACUCGAGCUCAGCUUUACGCACAACACAAACUUCAAACUUCAAAGGCAAGCAGAAGUACAGCACACACCAGAGCUUCUGUCUUUGGGCUUCUCGUUUGGAUUUAAUCAGCCUGCCCGGGUUUUUGGUGGCAAAGUGCUCAAAGGUUACAAGAGUUUUUUUACUCCAUCUGGCAGCAGAGACAUUUGUCACCAACUGCCACUGGGUGCCAGGAGCUGCCAGAGUCAUGCCGGCAGGGUUUCAGCAGCUUGGAGGGGAGACGGUGACUGGAACCCUUGCACUCUCAGUCUUCACUGCUGUUCUGGGAUCUCUAACGUUUGGGUACAACAUUGGAGUCAUCAAUGCACCUCAGAAGAUCAUCGAGGAGGACUACAACGCGACAUGGGUGCAUCGGUAUGGAGAGCCCAUCCCCACAGCGACCCUCACCUCCCUCUGGUCUCUGUCUGUUGCCAUCUUCUCCAUUGGAGGCAUGUUCUCCUCCUUCUGCGUUGGUUUCAUCUCUGAAUGGUUGGGCAGGAGAAAAGCAAUGCUUAUAAACAACUUGUUUGCCUUCAUUGGUGGGAGCAUGAUGGGAAUGUCCAAGCUCUGUCGUUCCUUUGAAAUGAUGAUUCUUGGACGUUUCAUUAUUGGUGCCUAUUGUGGGCUGGCGUGUUCCCUGACACCAAUGUAUGUUGGAGAAAUUGCACCAACAAGUCUUCGGGGGGCUCUGGGUACCCUGCAUCAACUGGGAAUAGUCACAGGCAUUCUGAUAGCACAGAUCCUGGGUCUGGAGUCUUUACUCGGCAGUGAGGACCUUUGGCCGGUUCUGCUGGGUUUAACAGUGAUGCCAACUGUACUUCAGAUGGGUCUGCUGCCUUUCUGCCCCGAAAGCCCUCGAUUCCUUUACAUCAUCCGCUCUCAGGAGCAUCUUGCCAAACGUGGCUUGAGGAGGUUAACUGGUCGGGAUGAAGUGGCUGACAUGCUCGCAGAAAUGAAGGAAGAAAAGAGGAGGAUGGACAUGGAAAAGAAGGUGUCCAUCCUUGAGCUCUUUAGAUCUCCAUUCUACCGCCAGCCCAUCAUCAUCUCUAUUCUGCUGCAGCUCUCCCAGCAGCUCUCUGGCGUCAAUGCAAUUUUCUACUACUCCACUAAUAUCUUCAUCAAAGCCGGGGUCCAGAGUCCAGUCUAUGCCACCAUAGGAGUUGGAGUUGUGAACUGCGCAUUCACAGUGGUCUCGCUUUUCCUUGUGGAGAGAAUGGGUCGACGAACACUCCACAUGUUGGGACUAGCAGGAAUGUGCAUCUGUGCCGUCCUCAUGACCAUGGCUCUGGCUUUAUUGGAAAGCAUUCCCUGGAUGAGCUACAUUAGCAUGCUCGCUAUCUUUGGCUUUGUGGCUUUCUUUGAAAUUGGGCCAGGUCCGAUCCCUUGGUUCUUUGUGGCUGAGCUGUUCUCUCAAGGUCCAAGGCCAGCUGCCAUGGCGGUAGCUGGGUGCUCCAACUGGACGGCUAAUUUCAUCAUUGCCAUGUGCUUCCAGUACAUUGCUGAAAUAUGUGGGCCAUACGUCUUCCUGAUCUUUGCGACACUCCUUGUGUUCUUCCUCGUCUACACAUUCUUCCGGGUGCCAGAGACCCGGGGCAAGACCUUUGACCAGAUCGCAGCCAAUUUCAACCAGUACUCAGCGGGAGGGAUGAUGGAUAUGGACUUGAACAAAAACAGCACAGAGCUGGAAUACUUGGGGGAUGAAAACAUGAACUGAAGAUUGUCGUUCAAAAACAGGAGGAAGCGAGUAAGCCUAGAAGAUAGCACAAUGAAGGACCUACUCCUAAGUAGGUCUUUUCAACAUGUACUUUCAGAUCUACCAGUGUUUUUGUAACGGCUGUAAUAGCAGUGUUAGGAGUGCGUGAUGAAAAGUUCAGACGUUUUGAAAUAGUUGGUCGGUAUCACUGCAGUGAACCGUUAAUGCUUUCAUAUUUUGACUUUGCAAAGAGCUGAUAACUCAUUGAUUAGAAACUGCUGUAUUGACUAGGAACAAGACAGUCCUGCUGGGGUACUGAUUUGCCGGAGCGGCAGGAUUUUAUUCCAUGCUGAUGCAAUCACUUGCAGUAUUGACAGACUUUGGAAUUCCAGCACUUUAUUAACAAUGACGUCCAAAGUUUUCCAAGUUUGGAGGUUGAAGGCUUUUUUAGUCAGCCAAUUUUCACUUGAAAUGGGAACUUAUCCAACAGCACAUAUCUGGGACUAAGGGAUAAUGGCAAAUAGUUUGAGGAAAAAAAGCAUUUAUAUUGAAAAAUUCCAAUAAUUUGUUUAGAAAAUUUAAAGUUUUGGGUAUUUUCCAAUUAACUCAGGAAAUAAACACCAAUUCUUUAUUUUUUAAAAAGUAGAUAUUUCAGAUACUUCAAGUACUGAGAUCUUUAGCAAAGCGGUUCCCAGGUGAUGUGCUUUUCUGAUCUUUUUUGAAGCCACAUUGGCAUUUCACUUGUACAUAGUGUUUGAGUUUGAGGUAUGAGGGUCUAACAUUGUGAUUCUUUAUGCACUCCAGUAGUUUUGUAAAAAAAGCCCAGUCAAAUGGGAGGGGGUGUUAAAGAAAUCAGAUUGGUUGUAUAUUAAUUUUGUAAUUAUAUCUAUAGCAAGUUUGUGUAUUUUCUUUGACUAUGCUGUGUAAUGUUUGCUCUACAUUAAAGAAUAAACUGAA